AUGACCGUCACCGAGUAUUAUCACAAGAUGAAGGGCCUCGCUGACACCAUGGCCACCGUCGGCCACCCGUUGCACGAUGAUGAAGUGAUCGGCUACAUCAUGACUGGUAUUGGACCCGAGUUUGAUCCGUUGAUGGCAUCUUUGACCGUCCCCAACACCACCGUGAGUCUUCAUGAUUUUUAUGCCUUUCCUUUGAGUUUUGAGGCUCAGAUGGCAAUGCUGGUCACGGUGGUCAUGGCAGGGGUGGCAAAGGCCAUGGCCAUGGAUGUGGCAGCGGUGACCGCUACCGUCCCUAAUGCUAACUUUGCGCCAGAUGGCUCCCAUGGUGGCUACCAUGUUGGCAACUCUACAUCAACCGGCGACGCACAUCGGUAUGCAGACAUGGGUGCCACAGAUCAUCUCACCAACAACCUCGAUCGCUUGACCGUGCACAAGCACUACACUGGCAAGGAUCAAGUCCAAGUGGAUAAUGGUGCAGAUGUUCUUUAUGUUCCUCAUAUUAGUCGUUCUCUCCUAUCAUAUCAUAAACUCAUUUAUGAUAAUAAUGCGCUCGUCGAGUUUCACUGGGAUUCUUUCUUUGUCAAGAACACGGUCACGAGGAAAACAAUUCUACAAGGUAGAAGCCAUGGUGGUCUCUACCCCAUUCCAUUUGGUCGUGCAUCUUCAUUGUCUCCUCGUCAUGCCUUCGCUGGCGUCAAGGAAACAACACAUAGUGCUAGUGUUCUAUCUGGACUUGCGCUCAGUGGCCCUCUAUCUGCAUCGUCACACGUGUCUCCUGCUGGUUCGGCCCUUGCAGCGCAGAGUGGCCCACCUGCUGGGCCUGCACUCGGUGACCCUUCGUCUACGCUGUCACACGAGCUGCCUUUUGGUCUGGCCCCUACUGCAGUCGAUGGGCUAGCAACUUCGGAAUCAUCAUCGACAACGCCUACUCCUAAUAGUGAGCUGGUGUCCUCAACUUCACCACCAUCUGCUCCUACCGGUGGCAAACCGGUUACUGCCCCGACGGCUCCACCAGCUCCUCCAUCUGGUCACCCGAUGCGGACACGACUCAAGGAUAAUAUUGUCAAGCCCCUUCAAUGA